AUGUUGGGAAGACUUCCACCAUGCGUCAUCGACGUGGGCACUGGGUAAGUUUUUUUUGUCUAUCCCCCGACAUAAGGACUGUUUAAUCUCGCGGGUAUUUUGGCUAAUUUAAUAUUGAACGAUGUUUGUGUCAACUCAGAUAUACGAAAUUGGGUUUUGCACCAAACAAAGAGCCGCAGAUGAUUAUACCUUCAGCAAUUGCUAUCAAGGAGACGGCUAAAGUCGGCGAUCAGGCAGUUAGACGAUUAACAAAGGGCGUGGAAGAUUUAGAUUUCUAUAUUGGAGACGAGGCAAUGGAUGCCAAGGGUUAUUCCAUCAAAGUAUUACCUAUUUUAAUAGAUUUUGCUUAUGAAAAUAUAAAACUAUAAUAUUUUUGAUUCAUAUAAAAUUUUAUAGUAUCCGGUAAGGCAUGGUUUGAUCGAAGACUGGGAUUUGAUGGAAAGGUUUUUGGAGCACUGUAUUUUUAAAUAUCUGCGAGCUGAGCCCGAAGAUCAUCACUUCUUACUAACAGAACCACCUUUAAAUACUCCAGAAAACCGUGAAUAUACAGCUGGUGAGUAAAUUAUAUAAUAUUCUUGUUUUUAUUUUUUAUUAUAACAUAUUUUUCAUAUUCUACAAUUUAUUUAUCACUGUAACUAGGAUUUUGCAAUUUUUUCUUAAACUUUGAUAGUGGAAUUAAUUUGGAGUAUUUUUCUUAGAAAUAAUGUUUGAAACUUUUAACGUGCCCGGUCUUUAUAUUGCUGUACAAGCUGUGUUGGCAUUGUCCGCUUCAUGGAAAUCACGACCUCUUCAUGAACGCAUACUAACAGGACUUGUAGUAGAUAGUGGUGACGGUGUAACUCAUAUUAUUCCAGUAGUAAGUAUAUUGUUAUUUAAAUUACUAUUGUGGUACAAUUUUUUAUUAGUUUCAAUGAAACCAUUAAACAACUAUUAAUAAAUUUGUUUGUUGGUGUUAUUAUGUGAAGUUUUAAAUUAAUUAUUUGUUCAUCUUGUUAAAUAUUUCUUGAAUAAAUACAUAUCUUUCCUGUUUCAUUUAGACAUUUACAGUUACUUCCUCUAGACCAAAUAAGUUCUAAUUAGGGAAUAAGAGUAAUUUUUAAGCAGAUUGAAGUGGUAAAUGUUGGAUUGAAUUUUACUAUAAAUUUAAUUCUGUAGUAGGUGAAAGAUUUUUUAUUUUAGCUUUGUACUUUCUCACAAACUCCCCAAAUGAAGCCCGAGAGAUGAUGUUGUGUAUACAAUGCAUUUUGUAUGCAUUUCGUUAGUAUCGAGAAUAUGCUUUUUUAGGGUAUAAACUUACCACCCCAUUCAUAUCAAUUCUAUGAUCAAAUUUCUCUAUUUUUUUUUAGGAAUACCAUAAUAGAAUAAUUGUAUUAUUGUGUUAUUAUAGUGAUUGGUUUUUUUUAAUUAUUUUGCUAAGAUUAUUUCUUUGAUACAAAAUAAAUGGAGGAAAAAUUGAUUAUAAUGACCAAUCUCUGCUGCGGUUGGGGUUUUUUUUUAGCCUAUUCAUAUUUAUUAUCAUCAUUAAUAUAUUAUUUUUUUAUAUGAUUCAUUGUUAAAAAACUGUUAGUCAGUUUUACACACUAAAAAGAAAUACCUUAUUUUAUAACUACAUAUGAGCGAAAGUGUCUCAAGUGAUAUCAUAAAUAGGUUAGAAACCACUUUACUCAUAAUUCUUGACUUAAAUAAAAUUAAAAUCAUAAUUUUUAAAUUAAUUAGUCACUGGUUUUACUAUUUUGUUAAAUUAUGUGUAACAAUUUCAUUAUGUAUUUUAUAUAGCUAGGUAAUUUAACCCUUACGACAUAAUGGAUUUAUUUUGAUUGUUUCUAAAUCUAAUAAAUAUCAUGUAGAAUACAUUGACAAGAUACUCCAAUUUUUUAAGUUAAAUUUUAAGCAUCACCUUACUGUGCGAAUACAAUUACAGUUUGCACCUUAUCAAAUCAUAAGAGAGCAUUUUUAAAAUACAAUUGCAUAACCUAUUGAAAAAGGAAAAAAUAUGUUUUAUUUUAUAUUUUUAUUAAUAUAGGCUGAAGGAUAUGUGAUUGGAAGUUGUAUUAAACACAUACCAAUUGCUGGUCGGAAUAUAACAUAUUUCAUUCAGUCGUUGUUAAGAGAAAGAGAAAUCGGUAUUCCACCAGAACAAAGUUUGGAGACGGCUAAAGCAAUCAAGGAACGUUACUCUUAUAUUUGUCCGGACAUUGCCAAAGAAUUCGCCAAGUAUGAUUCAGAGCCAUCAAAAUGGUUGAGAAAAUAUGAUGGUAUUAAUAGUGUUACUAAACAGCCGUUUUCUGUGGAUGUUGGAUAUGAAAGAUUUUUAGGGCCGGAAAUUUUCUUCCACCCUGAAGUGAGUUAUAUAUAUAUAUAUUUUAUAUUAGCUUAGUCAAAUAAAAAUUUGUUAUAAAGUUGGAAAAAUUAGUAUUAAGCAAAUUUUUAUCAUAUAUUUUUGGAACACAAUUUUUUAUUAUUUAUGUCUAUAGAUAUUAUGUGUGCUUUGACAUUUUUUCAAGGGUAAAGUUUACAAAAAUGAGCUUUUCGUAAAUAUCUCAAUUUUUACUGAUUACACAAUAAUAAGUUGUAGAUAAAAGAGACAGAAAUAUGCCAUAAUACAAAUCUAGUAAAUAUGUAUGCAGUUAUGCCAUAAAAAUUAUCAAAAUAUGCUCUUAAAAAAAAAAAAAAAAACAUUUAUUUUAAUUAUAAUAUAAGGUUAUAUAUAUAUAUAUAUUUAAUUUAGUAUACUGUUAAUUAACUAAUAUAACUAUUAACAAUUGGUGCAUUAUUAAUAUUUUAAUUUCUCUUUUGUAUUAUAUAAUAAAAAAAAAUAUAUAUAAAUUUAAAGUUCAUCAAUUUAAUUGUACGAGUAUAAAUCAUAAACCAUGAAUGGAGUGUUUACUUAAAUAAAAUGAAACACUGAAUGACAAGUAAAUAAUAUUUUUUCUAAAACAUCUAACCUAUAUACUAUAAAAUGUAUCAUUAUUAGCUCACCUGCUGAAUGAUGAUAUUUUAAAAUUGCUUGUGAUUCUUAAUUUAUUGAGUUCAAAAUUUCUUGAUAAUUUACAAAAUGCUAAAUAUUAUCUUAAAUUGUACUAAAUCCUUAAAAUAUGCUUUAAUCACAAAAAAUUACCUAAAUAUCCUAAAGUACCAAAACAUUAAAAAAUAUGAAUCAUACAAUUUUGUACAUGGACUCGUUAGGUCAUGAAAUGCAUUUAGUUAUUAACUAGCUUUUUUUGACUAACCAAUAAAAGUAUGCAAAUACAUAUUUCUGUUUGCCUAGUUAUUGAAAAAUUAAUUUUAAAUUUGUUUAGAUAAUGAUGUUUGCUAUGAUUUGUCAUGGUAAAAUAUUUUUUUGAACUGAAACCUAUUUUCCAUUUAAUUUAACUGAGCUAUAUUGAUUUAAAAUAAAUUACAUUAGUAUAUUAUUUUGCAGUUUUCAAAUCCAGAUUUUACUACUCCUAUUUCUGAAAUGGUUGACACAGUUAUACAAAAUUGCCCGAUUGAUGUGCGUCGACCUUUGUAUGACAAUAUUGUAUUGUCUGGUGGCUCAACUAUGUUUAAAGAUUUUGGUAGACGUCUUCAAAGAGACAUCAAACGAGUAGUAGAUGCAAGAUUAAAACGUAGUGAAAAAAUUGCUGGAGACAAUUUAAAAGUAUUUUAUAUCAUUAUACUAUUUUAUUUUUCAUAUUUGUAUAUUUAAUACUAUUCUCUAUUAAAUAGAUAAUAAUCUAUUAUAAAUGUAAAGAAAAAAAAAAUUGCUUAUUUUUAUUUCUAGCAUUUUAACUUUUUACAAAAUUCAAUUAGAACUUAACUACUUCAGUUAUUUCUUAAAUAUAUAUUUUUCCGGAGCAUACGAGGAAUUUAUCGGUUUUACUAUGUUUGUUUUUAUUUUUUCUGUCUGUAUACAACUUUUUUCCAGUAAUGUUGCUCUGAUGUUUAGAGUGUAGUACUUUUUGAAAGGAAAUUGUCUCAGGUGCAUUGGGAAGGUCAUAUUUUUUUUUGCUUUUCAGAGAAUUAUAUGUAAUUAAUGUCUAGUAACAUUCUCUGAAAUCAAAUUGUAGUUCAAUAGAUAUGUUAUGCUAUAAAUUAAAUUUAAAAAAACAUAGUAAACUUCUUAUGAUAAUUUUAGUAACAUUAGAAUAAACUGAAUAUUUCAAUUCAAAAUUGAUAAGAUUUAUUUUCCAAGAAUGUGACCUUGUUUAGAUACACCAUAAUAGUGAUUAAUAAACAACUCAAUUGUAUUAAAAUUAUGAUUAAAUAUAAUGUAUAAGUUUGUAAUCAAAUGUAGUUUUUAUAAAGACACAAUUAUUUUCUUAAAUUUUUUUAUAUAAAAGAGUGUUUGAAUAUUUAAGAUAUUUUGAGUGACAUAAAGGAAGUAUCACUGUUGAAAAAUAUUAAAAAUAAAUAUAAAUACUUUUAAUAUGAAACAAAAUAUUCAAAUUUAAUACCUAUAAUGACUGAUAUUUUUUUUUGCAGCCUAAACCUAUUGAUGUUCAAGUAUAUACGCACAAUAUGCAGAGAUAUGCUGUUUGGUUUGGCGGUAGCAUGUUGGCUUCUUCGGUACAUAUAUUUUUAAUAAAAUUUAUUAUUAUUUUAAUGAAAAUUAUAUUUACUUGUUUAGCCCGAGUUUUAUACUGUUUGUCAUUCAAAAAAGGACUAUGAAGAAUAUGGGCCAAGUAUAUGUCGACACAAUCCAGUUUUUGGAACAAUGAUGUAG